AUUCGCCGAAUCGCCGUCAUGGCCCAUGCCAUGGGGUGGCUGGGAGAGCUGAAUCUUAAUGGCUGGUGGGAGAAACUGCAUGCGCUUAAGGGGCGCAAAUAAGUACUCCACGGUAUGUACUUGGCCAUUCAUGCCGUGUCGCGACUCGUCAAUUCAUGCCUUCGUCCGUCCCGUCCGCCCAUCAAUGCGAACGCAACGACUCGAACCGAAUCCACUCCGUCAUCGCUGAAGAGUCCGAAUCCGCACAGGGCGGGGCGAGGUCAAUGCAUGCAUGCACGUCAUCUCCGCUUCCGGGCGAUCACUUUCGCUUCUCCAGACUCCGGAGUAAGUCUGUGUCCACUGUCGGAUGAUCGGAUCGCCUUGUUUUUUUGUCUUCCUACAUAUAAUAGGUGUCUAUCAUGGGACAUCAAUUCGCACUUCGCACUCCGCAUUUCACUUCUUGAAAAACAAACCCAAGCAGACAGACAACAUUCAAACUCCCUACGACUCCAAAGCAACAACCCCCACCCCCCACUCCCCCUCGACCGUCAAUUCAAACUUCAAAGCCUCCAGCAUUUCCUCCGUCUUGACCAUGUCUUCCCCGGACCCCGGUUGCCGCCGGCCGCGAGAAUUGGGAUUCCAAUCAUCCUCUGCAUGUAUGUAUUUAUGUAUGUAGGUAUUCUACCUACAUGGUUACCAACUCUUCAGGCAUAUGUACUAUACAUACAUUCCUGCGUACUGCAGCUACGCUGCUGAUAUAUCGGGAUCACGCAUGGGCCAUCCUACAUCGGCGAUCGGCGGUUGGAUAGGUGGCGUGGUGUCUGCUCCGCUGCGCUAAAGACACGCGCGGCGGCGCGGGUUCUGGCGUUCCGCACUCUUUCCAGCGCGGCUCAGUAACUACUCACUCGUCACUCACCCAUCAUCCAGAAUUGCGGUCCAGUGAUUCUGCACUGGACCGACUAUCCCACUGCCGUCCUCAAUACUGAUAUAAUUUUCCAGUCCAGUCCGUCCGAACAAGACUACCGUCCAGACCGGUCACCGGACUGGUUAUGCAG